GACCGUACCGUGAACACAAUACGGCUCGACGCCGCAACAGUCGUGUUUCUGCAGAGACAGGUACCCUUGACCAUCGACAGUGACCUUGGCAAAUGCCGAUAACCACUCCUGAAGAUGAGGGAUCUGCUACAAAUACGAACUUUACCUCUUCCUUCACCGUCGUCGCGAGCUCACACGGAACAUCACUCGAAGCUGAGACGAGGGCUUUCGAAGACUCAAUAGAGUCACUUAAUCACCAGCUUGAAAAAGAGAAUCGUAUCAGGGAAGGCGCUGAGAAAUUCCUCAAACUGCCACUACCUGAUGCCUUGCGAUCACAAGUAGAGUCAGAGCUGGACAUGGCAAUGAAUGAGAUCGAGUCGUUGACAAAGAAAAUCGAAUUAGAGUCAUUUCACGGAAAGCGAAGAAAGGUUGGCCGCACUAGUGCACCUACAACUAAUAAGCGCAAAUUUGCCGGCCAAUCUCCAACAGUGGGGAUAAGAGUCAGUGUGGACUCUGAUGACAGGCACGACAGAGAGAGGGAGGACUUCCGUACUGCCUUGCACCAUGCAAUUACGUGCAUCAAGUCAUUAUCAUCUCUCUCUCGACCAAUAACGUCUCCUCCCGCAUCAACCUCGCCUUCAUCAUCAAAUGGAAUCAUAGGAAUAAACGGACAGGAUGCUGAUCGAACCAGGAUAGAAAUUAUGAAUAGACUUGUUGGUAUAUUGCAGCGGAACUUGCGCGUUCGAUACGAGUUGCAUUUGUCAGAGCUUGUUCAAGCCAUCAUACCCUCGCUAUCCGAUCGAUGUUCCAUGCAUUGUCGAGCUGCGGCUUACCGGCUUUUACGCCACGCGUUAGUUGAUUCUGCAUCGGUGGAGCGAUUACAACAACAGCCGCUCGAAUGGUAUAUCGUAAAAUCUCUAGCACGCGACAACAAGCAUGCCAUCGAAAAAGAACAAGUCAUCAAACUCAUUCGCGCCAUCGUUGAAAUAGGCUCUGAGCGUUCUGAACGACGUGGUAUCACGGGUACAGGGAUGAUACCCCUUUCAGAACCGGUAAUGCGUGCUUUCAUUGCUGUUGCAGAGCACACAGAAGAUCCUUUCAGACCCAUCUGCGUCCAAACUCUCGCCGAAAUGGUCCUCAUUGACAUCGACCUUGUAGCUAGGACUGGGGGCAUACGGUUCCUUCUACAUGCCCUUGGUGAAGGGCCUAUUGAGAUGGGACCCAUACUUGCAGCCACCUUCUUACACAUCAUUGAUUCGCCUCGGACACGAGCAUAUUUACAUCUGGGUACUGAUUUAGAGAUUGCACUAUCCGCUGUGACGGAUGCCUAUGGUAAAGGCCCUGAUCAUGCUGAUCGCAUGAGAGGGUGCGCUAGGGUAAUACAGCUGAUGCUACGCACUUGGAGUGGUUUGAUGUAUUUUUGCAUGGAUGAUCAGCUUGCUAUCAAAUCCAUCGUGGAUACUCUUCGGAUACCGUCCCUUGAGACAAGGGAAAUCGUUCUUGACAUGUUUUUCGACUUGUUGAAUAUUAAAGCCCCAGAGUGGUACAAGACAUUCAUCGACGGUCGAAGGUUGACAAUGUAUCGUAAAGCUCGCGGACCUCCAAAUCCUUUGAACGAGUUGGGAGGAACACUUGAGCGCACUCAAGAAACAUUGAAACUCACUGAUCAAUAUAUCGCUCUUUUAGUGCUCGUAUUCACAAAUGCUGGUUUGUUAGAUGCGUUGACGUCCAUGUUGGAAGAAUGCACAACUGGAUCUAAUCUUUCGCGAAAGGCUACGCUGCUGAUGGCUGAGGUCAUGCAGAUGGCUAACAAGGUCCUUCCCCUGUCUAUGGCAGCCAGAAUACAGGCCGUUCCCAGAGUUUUUAACUUGGCCUCCGAAUAUAACAACGGAGAGCAUCGAAUUGUUGGAACUUCUGCAUUGCUCGCGAUUGAUAGUUUCAACCGUAAUCGUGCUAGGUUACAGCCCUCGAGUAUGAAGAAUUCCCGGCCAAGAGCGAAUUCUGCAGAAGAUGCAGUACGACGUGGGCAAAGACAGGUGGAACAAGUCAAGGUCAAAAUGGGCAUGCAGAUGGACGAUAAAACGUUCCAAUCCUCUUUGCUGGAAGCUCAGGUCACGCUGACGAAAGACCAUACAAAAUGGAAUUUUGAGAUGCUUCACGACCUCAUUGAGGGACCCCUACUGAACCCGAAACGCCUAGAAGAAGCUAUCAAGGCAUCCAGGUUUAUGCGUCGCCUGAUGUCAUUCUUCCAUCCUUUUUCUCAUCGGUUUUCGGACAUGCCAAGGAAACAGCCGAAUAUACGUUGGAUUCGCCUAGGAUGUUCCCUGCUAACAACACUUUUGGCAAUCCCAGACGGAAUCCGUUUCCUUGCCUCAGAAGAUGAUUUCUUGAAGCAGAUAGUCAAAAGUUUUGCACAGUUGGAUCCCUUUAAUGGUACUCCUGAAUCAGAUCCGAUUUUUUCCAAAACACGGAUAGCGGAAACUUUGACCUAUGGAUAUCUUGAGAUGCUUGGGGUAUUGAGCAAACAUCCUGAGGGUAUAGAACUUAUGGAAAAAGCGAAGAUAUUCACUGCCUUUUACCAUCUUAGUGAAUUACGCGGUCGCGAGGAUUUAAUUACAGGUAUCAUCACGAAUCUAGAUUAUAGCAUAAACGGUCACCCUCGAGUGGUGCUUUCGAAAGCGCUCACUUCAAGUGAUAUGCACAUCCGAUUGUUUGCUACAAAUCAUCUGGGGGAUCUGAUCCGUGGCUCUGUCAAACCAAACUCGUGGACUUUACGUCUACUUCUCACACAAUUGUAUGAUCCCGCCCCCGAGGUAUGCGAGAUGGCAAUACAUUUUCUAGAAGAAGCAUGUGAGGCGAUGGAAACAUUGCAACUGGUUGUGGAAAUGCAACCUAAUAUGGAUCAUUUGGGAGAAAUUGGACAUCCCUUACUACUCAAGUUUAUGUCCACUCCAAUGGGUUUCCGCUAUCUGCACGAGGUAGGGUACAUCGAUCGUGAGAUGGAGAUGUGGUUUCAUGAGCGCAAUGUGUAUUAUGUUGUGCAGGUCGAGAUAUUCCUCGCAAAAGUCUUCAGUUCUGAUCCGGCUGAAGAUGAGGAGGAUAUUUUGGCUUUUGAUGGCGUUGUCCCCCCACAUUUUUACGGGGAGAUGUCAAAGACGGAGCUUGGCUGUCAGAUCUUACAUGAGAAGGGACAUUUUAUUGAGUUCGCGCAGUUCAUAAAACAACAUGGCCUUGAAAGUGACGAUCCGGAGGUGAUAAUGAAAAUGAAGAGUAUCUUAUGGGCGGUUGGUAACGUCGGUGCCACAGAAGGAGGUCUGCCAUUCCUUGAAGAGGAAGAAAUAGUACCAUCUAUCUUGGAUAUCGCGGAGCACUCUCCUGUACCUUCUGUGCGAGGGACUUGUUUCUUUGUGCUUGGCUUGAUUUCGUCUACAUCCCAAGGGGCCGAGAUUCUCGAUGACUACCAUUGGGAAGCCACGCUAUCACCGCUGGGAAUUCCGACUGGUUUAUGUAUACCUGUAGAUCUAGAAAAGUUCAUAUCGAUACCUCUCUGGAACCCAGUAAACAUGAAAGUAGAUGACGAUUCUCGGCUAUUGCCUCCCACGGUGCAGACAGAGGUGGAAGUAAUCACAGCAGUCGAAAAUCUCAGUAAUACCGUUAUAGCUAACGCUGCUUCACGGUCGUUAGCCAGGAUGAAAUCUCGACCCGAGUACAAAUCUGUGUUUUCAUCUCCAGCAGUCUUUUUCCGUGCGCUUCAUAUAAUCUCCACACAACGAUAUAGGUUGCCAGUUCGAAGAUACAUCUUUGAUUUGUUCAAUAUUGAGCUCGACAAUGAUGUAGUGAACGCACUUGCAGACAGUGCGAUCUCUCUUCGUGCACCUCCUUCCUUUAAGCAGCCGGAAGCUCAGAAAAGUCGGGUGGUCAGCAUGUUUGGUGUAGGGCGUACACGUGGAUCAUCGGAAAGCGACGAGGAAGACGACGAGGACGACAUGAACGUAGGGGAUGAAAAGGAAUUCGUAGUAGAAAAGAAACCUGUGAUCACCCUGCGACCAGUCAGCAGGAUCAUAGGUUUCGACAGUUAAGGACUUCAGUGCUAGUAAGUACUCGAAAUGUGUUGAUUCUUAUCAUCACGGACAGACAACUUCUUCAUAUGUACCUAGUUUCAUCAUAUGUACAAUACUGACAUGUUUCAUUGUUCACCACUCGAUAUCCCUCACUUGUAAAUCUAUCAAAUCUUCUUUUACUAUAUCUUUGACAACUGUCGUAAAGACAGCUUCUUGUUCUUCUCAAUUGAUAUAUCGAUGCAUUGUUCUU